UCCCUUGGGUGGUUUGGGUUAGGCUGAUUGUAAUCCAGGCAGGCCACGAUCCAUUACCACUGUUAGUUAUCUCGUUAUAACGGUCGAAGUAUUUCAGCUUCUCUUGACGCACCCCGUUUUGUCCUCUCAUAGUUCCUGCACUCGCAGAAAGACGUUUCGUAUAGGAGACCCUCCGUGCAAUAAACUCCAUCGAUCCGUAUUUGGAUCUCCAGAGCAUCCGAAUCGCGACUACUAGGGCUUGUUAGUACUGUGCUGUGCUUGUUAGUGACAAUGGGUCGAACGAUAGGGGACCGAGCCAGCCUAACUUCGUUAGCUCUCACGGUUUUGCUUCUCAUAGCUCCAGACUUUGCGGCAUUCGUUCGAUCGCAGCCCGUCGAUCCGACUCAAAUCCCCGUGCUGCUGGAUUGCCAAGCUCUCUGGAGUCGCAACUUCACGGGAUGGACCACGGGGGAGAACUGUGCUACUGCCGAGGGGCUGCAGUGUGACAGUAACGGGAUGAUCGUGAAGAUGACCAUGGAGAUCUCGUCUCUCACAGGAGUGCUGCCUUCGUCGCUCGGCAAUUUGAAGCAGCUCACGCACCUCAACCUCUUUCAAAACAAUCUGGAUAGCGACAUUCCCAGCACCCUUGGCGCUCUCACCAAUCUCCAGCACCUCAAUCUUGGUAUCAACAUGCUCACAGGCCCGCUUCCCUUGUUCCUCGACACCCUCUCACUCCUCACCUACCUAAACCUGGGCGACAAUCAACUGCUAGGCUCUCUUUCUGCUGGCCUGGGGAAUCUCAAGCAGCUUCAGUACUUAGACAUCUCCAAGAAUAACGUCUCUGGCUCCCUGCCGUCGACAGUAGGGUCGCUCUCAGCCCUCACUUGGCUUGACCUUCAGUACAAUCACAUGGAAAACAGCAUCCCCGCUUCUAUCACCAACCUCACAGCACUCAACUACCUCAACCUUGCAAACAACAAUCUCAACGGCUCUGUUCCCAUAUUUGACAGCUUCCCUACACUCACAUACCUGGGCCUUGGAGAAAACAACCUGGAAGGUCCCUUCCCCAUCACCAGCAGCCAGGGCCUUCCCCUUCGAACACUUGACAUCCGGGGCAACAAGCUCUCAGGCCCCCUCCCUCGCUCCAUCUCCUCCCUCUCCACUCUGGAACACCUUGUAGUUCGUACCCUGUGCCUCUAUGCUGGCCCCUGCCACUAUGCUUGCCCGUGCCACUACGCUUUCUCCUGCCACUAUGCUUCCCUGUGCCGCUAUGCUUGCUCCUGCCACUAUGCUUCCCCGUGCCGCUAUGCUUCCCCUUGCCACUAUGCUGCCCCGUGCCAAUAUGCUUGCUCAUGCCGCUAUGCUUCCCUGUGCCACUAUGCUUGCCCGUGCCACUAUGCUUGCUCGUGCCACAAUGCUUGCCCGUGCCACCAUGCUGCCCCGUGCCACUAUGCUUCCCCGUGCCACUAUGCUGCCCCGUGCCGCUAUGCUGCCCCGUGCCACUAUGCUUCCCCGUGCCGCUAUGCUUUCACGUGCCACUAUGCUUCCCCGUGCCACUAUGCUGCCCCGUGCCACUAUGCUUCCCCGUGCCACCAUGCUGCCCCAUGCCACCAUGCUUCCCCGUGCCACUAUGCUGCCCUGUGCCCCUAUGCUGCCCCGAGCCACUAUGCUGCCCUGUGCCACUAUGCUGCCCCGUGCCACCAUGCUGCCCCAUGCCACUAUGCUUCCCCGUGCCACUAUGCUGCCCUGUGCCACUAUGCUUGCCCGUGCCACUGUGCUUACCCGUGCCACUAUGCUUCCCCAUGCCACUAUGCUGCCCCGUGCCACUCUGCUGCCCCGUGCCACAAUGCUGCCCCGUGCCACUAUGCUGCCCCGUGCCACUAUGCUUCCCCGUGCCACAAUGCUGCCCCGUGCCACUAUGCUGCCCCAUGCCACUAUGCUGCCCCGUGCCACUAUGCUGCCCCGUGCCACAAUGCUGCCCUGUGCCAGUAUGCUGCCCCGUGCCACUAUGCUGCCCCGUGCUACUAUGCUUCCCCGUGCCACUAUGCUGCCCCGUGCCACUAUGCUGCCCCGUGCCACUAUGCUGCCCCGUGCUACUAUGCUUCCCCGUGCCACUAUGCUGCCCCGUGCCACUAUGCUGCCCCGUGCCACUAUGCUGCCCCGUGCCACAAUGCUGCCCCGUGCCACAAUGCUGCCCUGUGCCACUAUGCUGCCCUGUGCCACUAUGCUGCCCCGUGCCACUAUGCUGCCCUGUGCCACUAUGCUGCCCCGUGCCACCAUGCUGCCCCAUGCCACUAUGCUUCCCCGUGCCACUAUGCUGCCCUGUGCCACUAUGCUUGCCCAUGCCACUGUGCUUACCCGUGCCACUAUGCUUCCCCAUGCCACUAUGCUGCCCCGUGCCACUCUGCUGCCCCGUGCCACAAUGCUGCCCCGUGCCACUAUGCUGCCCCGUGCCACUAUGCUUCCCCGUGCCACUAUGCUGCCCCGUGCCACUAUGCUGCCCCGUGCCACUAUGCUGCCCCGUGCCACUCUGCUGCCCCGUGCCACAAUGCUGCCCUGUGCCACUAUGCUGCCCCGUGCCACUAUGCUGCCCCGUGCCACUAUGCUGCCCUGUGCCACUAUGCUGCCCCGUGCCACCAUGCUGCCCCAUGCCGCUAUGCUUCCCCGUGCCACUAUGCUGCCCUGUGCCACUAUGCUUGCCCAUGCCACUGUGCUUACCCGUGCCACUAUGCUUCCCCAUGCCACUAUGCUGCCCCGUGCCACUCUGCUGCCCCGUGCCACAAUGCUGCCCCGUGCCACUAUGCUGCCCCGUGCCACUAUGCUUCCCCGUGCCACUAUGCUGCCCCGUGCCACUAUGCUGCCCCAUGCCACUAUGCUGCCCCGUGCCACUAUGCUGCCCCGUGCCACAAUGCUGCCCUGUGCCACUCUGCUGCCCCGUGCCACUAUGCUGCCCCGUGCUACUAUGCUUCCCCGUGCCACUAUGCUGCCCCGUGCCACUAUGCUGCCCCGUGCCACUAUGCUGCCCCGUGCUACUAUGCUUCCCCGUGCCACUAUGCUGCCCCGUGCCACUAUGCUGCCCCGUGCCACUAUGCUGCCCCGUGCCACUAUGCUGCCCCGUGCCAAAAUGCUGCCCUGUGCCACUAUGCUACCCCGUGCCACUAUGCUGACCCGUGCUACUAUGCUUCCCCGUGCCACUAUGCUGACCCGUGCCACUAUGCUUCCCCGUGCCACUAUGCUGCCCUGCCCCGUGCCACUAUGCUGCCCCGUGCCACAAUGCUGCCCGGUGCCACUAUGCUGCCCCGUGCCACUAUGCUGCCCCGUGCUACUAUGCUUCCCCGUGCCACUAUGCUGCCCCGUGCCACUAUGCUGCCCCGUGCCACUAUGCUGCCCCGUGCUACUAUGCUUUCCCCGUGCCACUAUGCUGCCCCGUGCCACUAUGCUGCCCGUGCCACUAUGCUGCCCCCGUGCCACUAUGAUGCCCCGUGCCACAAUGCUGCCCUGUGCCACUAUGCUGCCCCGUGCCACUAUGCUGACCCGUGCUACUAUGCUUCCCAGUGCCACUAUGCUGCCCCGUGCCACUAUGCUGCCCCGUGCCACUAUGCUGCCCCGUGCCACUAUGCUUCCCCGUGCCACUAUGCUUCCCCGUGCCGCUAUGCUUCCCCGUGCCACUAUGCUGCCCCGUGCCACUAUGCCUCCCCGUGCCACUGUGCUUCCCCGUGCCACUAUGCUGCCCCGUGCCACUAUGCUGCCCCGUGCCACUAUGCUGCCCCGUGCCACUAUGCUGCCCCGUGCCACUAUGCUGCCCCAUGCCACUAUGCUGCCCCGUGCCACUAUGCUGCCCCAUGCCACUAUGCUUCCCCGUGCCACUAUGCUUGCCCGUGCCACUGUGCUUACCCGUGCCACUAUGCUUCCCCAUGCCACUAUGCUGCCCCGUGCCACUCUGCUGCCCCGUGCCACAAUGCUGCCCCGUGCCACUAUGCUGCCCCGUGCCACUAUGCUUCCCCGUGCCACUAUGCUGCCCCGUGCCACUAUGCUGCCCCAUGCCACUAUGCUGCCCCGUGCCACUAUGCUGCCCCGUGCCACAAUGCUGCCCUGUGGCACUAUGCUGCCCCGUGCCACUAUGCUGCCCCGUGCUACUAUGCUUCCCCGUGCCACUAUGCUGCCCCGUGCACUAUGCUGCCCCGUGCCACUAUGCUGCCCCGUGCUACUAUGCUUCCCCAUGCCACUAUGCUGCCCCGUGCCACUAUGGCUGCCCCGUGCCACUAUGCUGCCCCGUGCCCCACUAUGCUGCCCCGUGCCACAAUGCUGCCCUGCUGUGCCACUAUGCUGGCCCCGUGCCCACUAUGUGCUGCCCCGUGCCACUAUGCUGCCCUGUGCCACUAUGCUGCCCCGUGCCACCAUGCUGCCCCAUGCCACUAUGCUUCCCCGUGCCACUAAUGCUGCCCCGUGCCACAAUG